CCCCCCGUCAACAAUUUCCAGCAGCACAGGUGAUAAACGUGUAACACUUGUUCUGUCACAAACUGACUCCGGCCCCCACCAGAGAAGGGAAAAGUUAUGUGGCCCUCACAGGAAAAAGUUUGGGGACAACUGGCCUAAACAGUGACCAGUCCCGCCAUUUUGGAUGUCGACACAGGGGCGUACUGUCCCAAUUCUCCCAUUUUUGCACGCUUGUAAUUUGCGCACUCGAACCCUUCUUAUGUGCGCUUCAACUGAAUUCACACUUCACAGAGGGGGUAGGGUGCGCUCUGAGAAUUGGGACUGGCCCAUGAUCAGCUACAAUACACCGGACUUACUGGGAGCCAUGGUUUCCUGUCCUGGAGUUCAUCUGUCAGUCAAAGAUGACGUUUAUCUCAACAUGUUCUUUAUGGAUCAGUUCCGUCAGUCUCUGUGUGUCCCUGCAGUCUUUCCUUUGUUGUUCCACGAGGAGAUUACAUUUGAAAAGAUUUUUAGGCAUGCAGUUGAUCCUGGAGAAAUAGCUGUACUGCUUGAGUAUGAAACUGUCAGAAUAGAAUUGGUGCAACUGAUUCCUCCAGCUGGAGACACUCUGGCGUUUUUUGAAGAAGAUGCUCGUAGUUUCUUGUUUCCAGAGCCCAAGCUAGUUCCGUCCUUCUCUGGAGUGGACCGAGAAGUACUGAUGACGAGAGCCGCUCACUUCUUUAGUAUUGCUCCUCGGUUAGAGUUUUCUACCAAAACUACAAUUUCUGAGUGUCCACCUGAUACAAAGGUCACCACUUACUGUAAGACUCCACUGUGGCCAGGGAAAAGAAGAAACAAGAGACACGCCAACAUACCUCAAUCUACACCUCAUCAGACCGCUGAGGGAGAGAGAAGUGUCAGAAUGGCCUCACCUCUGUCGUACAUUUCCAGAUCCCAGUCCCUGUCUCCACUGAGAGAUGGGUACAUCCCCAGUCUGGCCCGAGUCAGUACGGGCUCUGCGCCUUGCAACCCCACUGAUUGGGAGACCACCAGCUCUCAGCCUAUGAUGUCCUCUUGGCUAGGGGCUAGUGUGUCUGCCUCACCCAAAUGCUCUACAAUGUUUACCAGCUGCUCUUCUUCACCUUUGACCAGGUCUUUGUCCACAGUGAGCCAUUCCUCUGCUUCCAGAAGAUGUCUGUCCAGGAGAUUGCAGGUCAGAGGAACAUCUGAGUUUGAUUCCAGGUAUUUAGGAGGUAAUGAGUCCUUUGACCCUGUGCCCUUACCACUGCAUCCGUCUUACAGAGAACUGCCCCACCACAGCAGUUCUCACAGAUCAUGGGAAGAACUCCAUGAGCGCGUUCGAGGUCUUCUAACAACACCAAAAGCUGUACAGCGACUUGCCUAUGGGGCCACAGUGUCUGAGGCAGAUGAAGUUUUAGCACGGAGGUUCAUUUCUGCAGGUCCACAAACCUGAGUCUGAGUCUGGAGAGCUCAGAUGGUGCUGAUCUAUCACUAUUCAGUUAAACACAAAGUUGGAGUGACGUUUUUAUUACCCACUCUCUUUGCGGUUGACGUCAUCUGGAUGGAGAUCCUCUAACGGUUCUGGAACUCAUCUGCAGUGGCUCGGGUGGAUCCAUCUGGCUCUUUCAAGAUUCAAAGAUUUACUGUCAUACCAACUUUGCUUGUUUGUGGUACAAAAUUUGGACUCAGGUCCUAGAUUAAGAAAUCUAAUAAAUAAAGUGUUAUAUUUUAUACA